GAACAGUCCUUUGUCACUGGUUUUACUAACUUUGCUCCCCCCUACGUUCCUUUAUUGUUAUAUGAUAUUUUCCUCCCUAUCGAGACGCCCGACUUGGCGAGAGCUGAAUCCUUCAUACCUCCCAUGAUGGAUUCCAGGAAGAGCAUCAGCAUGGACCGGGUCGAAGAGGCCCCCCUGGAGACAGAAAACCACCAGUUUUAUCCAGUCGGGCCCCGAUUAAUUAUGGUCACCAUCAGUCUGAUGUUAGCAGUGUUUUGCGUCGCACUAGAUAACACUAUUCUCUCUGUGGCCAUCCCCAAAAUUACCGAUGACUUCAAGGCUCUCAACGAUAUUGGCUGGUAUGCCUCAUCGUACCUCCUCACUACAUGUGCCUUCCAGCUUCUGUACGGAAAGCUAUACACUCUCUUCAAUAUCAAGGCGGUGUUUCUGGUAGCGUUGUUUAUCUUUGAGCUAGGCUCGCUCAUCUGCGGGGUGUCCCCGACCUCCACCACGUUGAUCGUCGGUCGUGCAAUUGCCGGGCUGGGCAGCGCAGGAAUUUUCAAUGGAGCGCUUGUUACCAUUGCUCAUACUGUCGCCCUCGAGAAGAGACCACUCUUCUUUGGAAUGAUCGGAGGAAUGUACGGCAUUGCGUCGGUGGCCGGGCCUCUGAUGGGCGGGGCAUUUACCGAUCACGUCAAUUGGCGUUGGUGUUUCUAUAUCAACCUUCCGAUCGGCGGCGUCACCGCUGUUGGUCUGAUCUUUCUUCUCCGGCUACCGACAAGGCAGAACGUUCGACCCCAGGGCUUCUGGAACAUCGUAGCCGGUUUGGAUCCAAUCGGCACUGCUCUCUUCGUGCCGGCCAUUAUCUGCAUUCUCCUGGCUCUUCAAUGGGGAGGUGUGGACUAUGCGUGGUCAAAUGGAAGGAUCAUCGCUUUAUUCGUCCUUUUUGCGAUUCUACUCAUUAGUUUCGUGGUCGUUCAACUGAUGAUGAAUGAAAAGGCCACAGUCCCACGACGCAUUGCCUCUCAGAGGACAAUCGCCUUUGCGUCUCUUUUCGCACUGUGUAUCGGUGGCUCCUUUUUCAUCAUGAUAUACUACAUUCCCAUUUGGUUCCAAGCCAUCCGCGCCGCCGAUGCCGUAAGAUCCGGAAUUGACUCUUUGCCAAUGAUUCUGGCCAAUGUGGUUGGGAUCGUUCUCUCGGGGGCCCUCACCACCAGCACUGGAUAUUUCACCCAUUGGUUUUUCCUCAGCAGUAUCAUAAUGUCCAUCGGUGCAGGUCUCCUCACACUACUGACUGUUGAUGCCUCUCAGGCCAAGUGGGCGGGUUUCCUCUUCCUCUACGGUAUUGGAGUAGGCUUCGGAUUCCAACAGGGAGGCAUCGCCGCCCAGGCUGUGCUCCCCCUCUCGGAUGUGUCCAUCGGCACCGCCACAAUCAUGUUUAUUCAGAUGCUUGGAGGUUCGCUGUUUGUGUCGGUUGCACAGAAUAUCUUCACCAAGCAUCUGGUGGCCAACCUGGCCGCAUUGCACAUCCCCGGGUUGGAUCCGGCCACCGUGGCCAGCGCUGGUGCAACCAGCUUCCGGGCGGUUGUGUCAGAGGAGUAUUUGCCACAGGUUCUGGUGGCUUAUAAUUCUGCGCUGAUCAAGAUCUUCCAGCUGUCGAUGAUUUUAAGUUGCCUGAGCAUUCUGGGGGCGGUGGGAAUUGAGUGGAAGAAUGUCAAGGGGAAGCAG